GGGAAGGGGGCAGGUGUGUGUUUGCCCCCGGCUCAGCACGUCGGGGACGGCUCGGCCCUGGGUGGGCAACCUCAGCCGCUGCUCACCCGUUCCUCCUGCCCCAGCGAGGGGCUGCCGACCUGCUGCUGCCCUGGCCGGGCCUGAGCCCCAGCAGAGGCACCCACGGGACCACCCACGGGACCACCCACGGGACCACCUGAGGCUGAGCCAGAGCAGAACCCACGAGACCACCUGAGCCAGCCCAGAGGCACCCACAGGGCAGGUACAUGGGGUGCUCAGCACGACAUGUGGGGUCAUGCCAUGGCCCCCCCGGGGCAUGGCACAGUGGCAGGAGGUGCAGAAUUUGGCCAACACCUACCUGGAGCAGGUCCACCAGCUGUACACAGAGGCCACGCUGCCCAUGGAGGUGCGGCAGUGCCUCGCUGCCUGGAUCGAGGACCAGAACUGGUACCAGGCAGCUGAGCCACUCUCAUCCCACGCCCGGAUGCUCUUCCACUCCUUGCUGGCGCUGCUGGGCGAGCGCCUGGGCAGCCCAGGGCUGGGGGAUGAGGAUUUCAUGCUGAAGCACAACCUGCGCAAAGCCUGUCGGGACCUGCAGGCCCAGUUUGAGGAGUGCCCGGAGAAGUUUGCCAACGUGGUGGCCAACCUGCUGCAGGAGGAGCGGCGGAUCCUGCGCCUGGGGCAAGCGGGGGGGCAGCAGGGGGAGGCGGCUCCAGUGCCCAGCACACCUCAGGAGAACGACAGGCAGCAGCAGAUCCAGCGGCGCUUGGCUGAGUUCCACGCGGCCCUGCAGGAGGCUGAACGUGCCUUCAGGCACCUCGAGGACUCACAGGAUGCCUUUGACUUCUGCUUCAAGGUGCACUACCUGCCAGGCAGGGACAAGAACAGUGACCCCCAGUACGCCCAGCAAGUCCAAGCCCUCGAGGACAAGCUGAUGAUCCUGGACCGGCAGCGGCGGGAGGUGCUGGCUCAGAUGCAGCAGCUGCUGGGGCGCAGCGAGACGCUGCGGGAUUUCCUGCAGGAGGAGCUGGGGGCCUGGAGGGAGCGGCAGCAGCGCUCCUGCCUCGGGGCACCCGCCGACACCCGCCUGCGCGCCCUGGAGACGUGGUUCACAGAGCUGGGCCAGGGCCUCUUCCAGCUACUGAAGCUGCUGCGGGCUCUGGGGGACCUGAAGCAGAAGGUGACCUACGAGAGGGACCCUCUGAAGGCAGAGCCCCCGCUGCUGGAGCGGCGCCUGCGGGAGCUGCUCACCUACCUGCUGCAGCUAGCCUUUGUGGUGGAGCAGCAGCCCAGCAUGCCCAACGCCUGCAAGCGCCCGCUGGUGCUGCGCACCGCCAGCAAGUUCUCGGCCCGCGCCCGUCUCCUCGUGCGCCUCCAGGACCGAAACCACCGCAUGGAGGCCAAAAUCCACAUGGACAGGGAUCCCCCCAAGAUAAAAGGGUUUCGCAAGUUCAACAUCCUGACAUCGAGCAGCAAAACGCUCCUGGCAGGGGACAGUCCCCAGGAUGGGCUGGUCUGUGACUUCCAGUACCUGACUCUGAAGGAGCAGAAGGACAGCAGGUCUGGCAAGGGCAGCAAAGGUGUUGGCGAGGGUUCCUUGGUUGUGACAGAGGAGCUGCACCUCAUCACCUUCACGCUGGCCUAUGCCUACUGUGGGCUGGAGCUGGAGCUGGAGACCACCACGCUGCCCUUUGUCAUCAUCUCCAACAACAACCAGCUCCCCAGUGCCUGGGCCUCCAUCCUCUGGGUCAACAUGCUCAGCAGUGACCCCAGGCAGGAGCAGCAGUUCUUCUCCUCUCCCCCACCAGCACCUUGGCCCCGCCUGGCUGAGGUGCUGAGCUGGCAGUUUGAGAGUGUGGCAGAGCAGGGCCUGAGCAGGGACCAUCUCCUCAUGCUGGCUGAGAAGCUCUUUGGCUCGAAGCCAUCCCCAGAUUGCACCCUGACCUGGCCCAAGUUCUCCAAGGACGGUGCCUCCGGCUUCUCCUUCUGGGCCUGGCUGGAUGGGAUCCUGGGGCUGCUCCAGGAGCACCUCAAACAGCUCUGGAAGGAUGGACUCAUCCUGGGCUUUGUGAGCCGCAAGCAAGAGAAGAAGCUGCUGAAGGGGAAGCGGACGGGGACGUUCCUGAUCCGGUUCAGCGAGAGCGUGCUGGGGGGAGUCACCUGCACCUGGGUGGAGCAUCCCAAGAGUGGGCCCGCUGCGUUCCGGGCUGUGGUUCCCUACACUGGAGCUGAGCUGGCGUCGCUGGCUCUGCCUGACAUCAUCCGGGACUAUCAGCUGCUGGUGGAGGAGAACAUCCCUGAGAACCCGCUGCAGUUCCUCUACCCCGACACGCCCCGGGACGAGGCCUUUGGGCCCUACUACAGCCAGCGGCAGGAGGGAAACCUGAUGGAGCAGAAGAAAUAUCUGAACAGGCGCCUGAUCCGUGUGUCCUCCAGACAGGCAAAUGAGUCGUGGCAGACAGAAGAGGAGCUGGUGGCAGCCACUGAAGACCUGGAGACCUUGCACCUGCAGCCUGGGGGCCUGGGGGCUCAGCAGCCCAGAGGCCUGGUGCCACUGCAGCCUGGGGGCUCAAGGGUGCUGCAGGACACCCCUGAGACCCUGGGACCACUGCAGGUGAUGGCCACGAGCCCACAGCCCCUGCAGGUGAUAUCUACCAGCCCACAGCCCCUGCAGGUGAUGGCCACAAGCCUGGGGCCACUGCAGCCUGGGGGCUCAGGGCCACUGCAGCCAGGGCUGCCAGGGCCAGAGCCACCUCAGCCCCUGCAAGUGAUGGCCACGAGCCCACAGCCCCUGCAGGUGAUGGCCACAAGCCUGGGGCCACUGCAUCCUGGGAGCUCAGGACCACUGCAGCCAGGGCUGCCAGGGUCAGAGCCACCUCAGCCACUGCAGGUGGCCUCAGGGGUGUCAGAGAUGCUGCAGCCAGGGACUGAGGACCUGAAGCCCCAGCUGCUGCUGCAGCUGGUCCCACAGUUGCUCCCCAAGGGCCAGGGGCCACUGCAGCUGGGACCAGGGGCUGGGGAGGUGCUGCCUGGGGAGCUGAGGGUGCUGCAGCAGGGGGAACCUGAGGACCAGGGGGCUGUGGGACAUGGGGCUGUGGAGCCACAGCUGGUCCCCAGUGGCCAGGGGCCACUGCAGAUGGGACAUGGGGGCUUGGGGCCACAGCAGCCGCUGGCCAGGGCCGUGGGGAUGGUGCAGCCAGGGCUGGGGGCUGCAGAGCUGCUGCCCCAGGAGCUGGGGAUGUUGCCACCGGAGCUGAGCGACCUGGAGCUGCUGCCUGGCAGCGUGGACGUGCAGCAGGUCCUGCAGUCACUGGAGGAGCUGGAGCCAGGCCUGGAGACCAUGGAGGCACCAGAGCUGAUGCCAGACCUACUGGAGCCUUUGGCUGGGAGGCUGGAGGGCAGCACCGUGCUCCUGGACCCCCACGACCCCUUCCUGCCCCAGCCUGAGGACACAGCCCUGGCCCCUGUCAACUCCCUCUUUGCCACAGCCGACUUCCCACCUCUGCACAUCGAUGCCUCUGACUUCCAGUGACUCCUCCCUUGGCCUCCCUGUAAAUAAAACCUCUUCUUUGCCCUCCCCCUCCA